GUACUAGACGUGAUGUGGCGCGCGAGUGUGUUGUUUUGUGUCGUGCUGGCGUGCGCGAGCGCGUGCAAGAGUCAUGCGGAGAAGAAACAUGGAGAGCACGGCCCGUCCGAUGAGGGUCCCCUCGUCAGGUCGCCCUCGGGCCAGUUCCGAGGGUCAUGGAUGACGUCACGGCGGGGACGUCAGUUCGAGGCGUACCGGGGCAUCAAGUAUGCUGAGCCGCCUGUUGGGAAAUUGAGGUUCCAGCCUCCCAAGCCCAUCCUAUCUUACAAGGGCGAAGUGAACGCAAGUGACGACGGCCCCGCGUGCCCGCUCAUCGCACCCGAUGACUACUACGUCGACGAAGACUGUCUUACCAUCAACGUCUACACCCCUAGGAGCCAUAGAUCCAAGCCGCUACCAGUGGUGUUCUUCAUCCACCCGGGCGGCUUCUACUCGAUGACGGGCCGCAGCGACGUGGCCGGCCCGCACUAUCUGCUGGACAAGGAUCUAGUGCUCGUCACCAUCAACUACAGGCUGGGCUCGCUUGGUUUUCUCAGCACUGGCGAUGAGUUAGCCCCCGGCAACAACGGCUUCAAAGACCAGGUGGUUGCCCUGAAGUGGGUGCGGAGGAACAUCAGGGGUUUCGGCGGGGACCCCAACUUGGUCACCAUCACGGGAGUCAGUGCGGGCUCUAUUAGUGUUCUGCUGCACAUGAUCUCGCCUAUGUCCAAAGGUCUCUUCCAUCGAGGCAUCUCCAUAAGCGGCUCUCCCAUCGGCAAGGAGCCGCUGUUCCACCACCAAUUUGACCUUGCUGUAAAGCAGGCUCAGAUCCUCAACUGUCCCUACGACAACUCCUCUGUCAUCAUCGACUGCCUCAAGUCCAAGAGCUAUAGAGAGCUGGGCAACUCGCUGUUUGGAUUUUAUCAAUUCGGCUGGGACCCAGUGGGCAUCUGGCAGCCGGUAGUGGAGCUGGACUUCGGUCAGGAGCGGUUCUUAGCCAUCCAACCAGCGGAUGCCAUCCGUGAGGGGAAAAUGCACGCCGUCCCGCACAUCAUCAGCCAGACUACCGACGAGUUCUUCUGGAAUGCUUUCAAUGUUGUCAGAAACGAGACUCUACUAACGCGAAUGAACGCGGAGUGGGAACAGAUAGCGCCCAUCUCUUUCCAACUUCCAAAGGAGAACGCAUCUCUCGUUGCCAACAGACUGAAGGACGCAUACCUUGAGGAGUGGCCGCUAAAGAACGACGACAAAAGCGCUUUCGCCUUGGGGAAGAUAUACGGAGAUGCUAUAGUUGGAUUUAACACGCACAGGAUGGCGAACCUGAUGUGCCGCCACUCGCCGCGCAAGGUAUUCUACUAUGAGUUUGCAUACAUCGGCAACCACAGCUGGUACGAAGAUAGCGUCACGAUGAAGCCUAGAGGCGCGGCGCACCACGACGACAUGCUCUACCUGUUCACGCUGAGCUUCCGCUACCCCGCCAUCCCGGCCGACCACAGCCGGGACUCAUUCAUGGUCGACCGCAUGACCACCAUCUGGUACAACUUCGCGAGAUACGGAGACCCGAACCCGCCACCGUCUGAAAACCAACCAGAGCUGACCGUGCACUGGCCCGCCAUGACGCCUGCCGAGCGCAAAUAUUUGCGCGUGGCCGAGCCGCUCAGCGUUCGCGCGCGAAUUUUCGAGGACCGCUUCAAGCUGUGGGACGAACUCUAUCCCUUGGACUAUUAGGGCUUCAGAUAAUAAUAUACAGGGUGUUAGGUAAAUGGGUAUAUGAGCCGACACUAGCCCAUGUUAAUAUGGUCAUACAAAUCGGAUUUUAUAAAAUGUAUUUUGUAUGAAAAUUAAAAAAAAUAAAAUGAUGAUAUCAAAUUUCUGACUUCACCAUACCAUUUAUAAUUAUGCCCAUGUUAACAGGGGCUAGUCGGCUCAUAUACCCAUUUACCUAACACCCUGUAUAAUGACUAUUUCUGGGCAAACGCUCCAAAAGACUCCAAUCUUCGUUCGAAGUGAGAAUCAGACAAUCCUAAACAUUACUUAUUGUCUGAAAUUAUGAAAUAAAUAAGCUAUAAAUA